AUGUCAGCCGAGUGCAGCAGUUUGGUGUCGGUUGCCUGAUCAAGGAGAAUUGCUUCCAUUCAGUUUGGAUAAAAGCCACCGCUCCAGCCACAAAAGCCUAGAUUUUGAGCUUUGGUCUUCGCGCGCUUGAGCGACUUCGUCAAGCGAGGAUGCCCGAAGCCAAUUGACCAACGACGAUGGCGAUGCCGCCUGGCACCUAAAGUACGAUGCGGCCGCCGAUACGAAAUUUGCGACCGUGGCCGGGCGUUUUGGGGGACCUCUGCUGGCAAUGCACGCAGCGCGCAUUGCGCCAGGCCAGCGGGCCGUCGAGGCCCGCGAGGCCGUUCUCGAAAUCGGCACUUCUGCACGACCUUGCUGCCGGCGGCGCCACUGCCGCCGUCCGUCCCCAGCGGUUUAGGCCGGGCUACUUUCUCUCCAACAACCUUCUCACUCGCGCCAAUGGCUCGCCCCCAACCUCGCCAGGCACGGAUGGAGGUGCUUCGUCCGCCGGUGCGCAAUUCUCAGCAACCACUGCCGACAUUCCGGCCGACAACUCCCUCCUCCCGCACCGCCGGCGACAAGCCGCAAGGCGAAAUGCCGCGACCAAUGCCACCGAGCAAUCCGCACCAAACAGCACCGCUACCUCACCAACCUCAACCCCUACCAACUCCAUGGCGGCUUCUCUACCUCGCAACGCCUCCUCCCGUCUAGCCGACGAAGCGGCUCGCGCACCCGCCAACUCCCUGCGGCGCACGCUGUCGGCCCUCCUGUCGCUCUCCAAACCCCGACUCACCGUCCUCGUCGUCCUGUCCGCCAUGGUUCCCUACGCACUCUACCCGGUUCCGGCCUUCCUCUCCUCCCCAGCGCUCGCCUCGGCAGCCGACAUCCCCUCGCUCUCGCCGCUGACCCUCCUCUUCCUCACGACGGGCACCACGCUGUGCUCGGCCUCGGCCAACGCGCUCAACAUGCUGUACGAGCCCGACACGGACGCCAAGAUGAGCCGCACCAGGGCGCGCCCGCUGGUGCGCAAGCUGUUGAGCACCCGCGCGGCGGUGCUGUUUGCGAUCGGGUGCGGCGUUGCGGGGACUGCCGCGCUGUACUUGGGAGUCAACCCCACCGUCUCGUUCCUCGGCGCGGCGAAUAUCUUGCUCUAUGCCGGCGCAUACACGCCGCUGAAGCGCAUCUCGGCCGUGAAUACCUGGGUCGGCGCCAUCGUGGGCGGGAUCCCGCCGCUCAUGGGCUGGGCUGCCGCCGCGGGGGAGAGCGCCACGGGCGAGGGGACCUGGCGGGAGUUGCUGUUUGCGAGCGACGGGUCGAGCUUGGGCGGCUGGCUAUUCGCCGGGCUGUUAUUUGCCUGGCAGUUUCCGCAUUUCAUGCCGCUCUCUUGGGGCAUCCGGGAGGAGUACAAGGCGGCUGGGCUAAGGAUGCUGUGUUGGGUGAAUCCGGCGAGGAACGCGAGGGUCGCGUUGCGGUACAGCAUCGUCUUCGUCCCGCUAUGCUUGGGGCUGUGUGCGGCCGGGGUAACCGAAUGGAGCUUUGCCGUCACCAGUCUGCCGGCGAAUCUGUGGUUGAUACGGGAGGCUGUCAAGUUCUGGCGAUAUGAGGGCCACAAAGGCAGCGCGAGGAGUCUGUUCUGGGCCAGCGUCUGGCAUUUGCCGGUUAUCAUGGUGCUGGCGCUUGCCCAGAAGAAAGGGAUGUGGUCUCGGGUGUGGAGGAGCGUGGCCGGUGAGCCUGAUGAUGAGGAUGAUUUUGAUGAGGAAGAUCCGGAGUUCGUGGAGGCCGGGUCCGGGGCCGGAUCCGGAAUUGUGGGGCUCGCCGGUGCACCCCGGAGGUAAUCUCGGCCGCAGUCUCCGGCCGGUGUAACAAUGAAGCGACCAAUGGAUAGCUGGAUCCAUGUAGUCCUACAAGACUUUUUCAACUUUGUCCACA